CCUGGGGGUUAACAAAUAAAAGAAACGAAACAAUAAGAGUCGGCCUGAAAAAAAUUAGUAAAUUAUGUACAAUUACUGAGUGACACUUGUGGAUAUUUGAGAACAUUUUAGUGAAUAAAUGUAUGGAACGACUCAUGUAUUCGAACCUCAAAUUUGUUGGGAGUGAAUUCGAAGGUCAAGGAACAGUUUUCGUCGACAGCUGUGUUUAUUUACCCGGACGUGCAGCGUGCUUACGUGGUGUUCUUUUGCUAAAGACUACGUUCUCGUCUUUUUAAUUUUUGAAAAAGUGGAGUGACUGUGAAGUUUACUCAAUCUGAACUUUUCAGACGUUUUAGCAGUGAAUAUUAUGGGUGACGUUGAUGACAAAGAAUUGAAGGCAGGGCAUCCACCCGCAGUCAAGGCUGGUGGUAUGCGCAUCAAACAGAGUGGUAGACAUCCUCAUGAGAAACCACAAGAAAUGACACCAGAGGAGGAAGAGGAAUAUGGCCCUGCAACCAGCCCUCCCAAGCCAGACGUGCAAGUGAUGAUCUCUGGAGUACCCUCUAGAGGCAACAAGGAUUUUCCACCUGACGCCAUCCGUGUAUUCCAUGAAAAGCCCAUGCCUUCCCACCAGAAGAGCCCAAAUACACACCAUCCUGUACGUGUACAACAGCCUAGGAAAUAGACUGUGCCUCAAUUUACUGCAUCAUCCGUUUGGUUGAAAAGAGGUCAGGAAAGAAAGGGACCAGGUAGGGACAGGUAAAGAGGGGGGAGCUACGGAUGGGAAGGGCUGUAAGUGACCAUCUGUAAAUUGUUGAGAUUUUCAAAUUGGCUUAUAAAUACAAUCUGUGGAAUGAGAGCAAGGGUAUGAUGUCAAAAAAGUGCCCAUCUUCAAUGUACUCUAAGACAACUAUCAGUGAUAAGUAAAUGCAUGCAUGGAUAAAAAGCGAUUCCUAAUCAUGCAGCACACAGCAUCAAAAAAGUGUAUGUGGACCAGUAUGAAUGUACAGGUGGUGUCAGUGGCAUCAACUGAUUUGCUGCUUUGCAAAUGAUAUAAUUGAUUGAGCUCACAAGUGGCUAGUAUCACGAAAGUAAAGUUUUGUCAGAUACUGAGCAUUUAAGAGUCAAACAUGGACUUCUAGGUGUUUGUGAGUUUGUACACAUACAUGUACAAGCUUUUCUGGCUUGUGAACUUACUUAGCAAACCUUUUUUCUUGAGUUCAUCUAAAAAUGGCUGGUUGUGGCCAUUAAGUUUAGUCAUAUUUAACUCAGCACUGCUAAAACUGUGAAUAAGUAGCAUCAGGGACCUCUCCCUUCACACAAGAGAAAGAGCCAGAAAGUUCUACUUUCAAAAGGCAGAUAUGAUGAUGAACAAAUCCAGCACAAGGCUAUUCCAUUUUAACUUGUGUCUCUGUUCUUUUUUAUGUCUAUGUAUGCCACUGACUCACAAGUAAAUUUGAAUGGUCACAGAAUGUAGGGCAGACCUAAAUGUACAUAUAGCAUUAAUCAACAGCUCUAGGUGGUUUAUUUUGUUUUUAAAAUUUAUAAGCAAUUUUCAGAAUAAAACACAGCCAUUUUUGGCAAACACCCAGAGAACCACACAUACAGUAAAACUUGCACGUUGCUGUUGCUCAUUGGUCAGAAUGGUAAAUGGGAUCCUUGAAAGGGAAAUUCUUCACUUCUAGCUAAAUAAAGUACAUAUGAAGGGGUAAGGGACACAAGGCAUAGCACUUCCCAUUCCAAGAUAUUGUAAUGUUUUUGUGAUUUGUUUUACAAAAAAUGUGGUUUACAUGUAUUUGCACUCCUUCCCUUCUCCCCAUGCAUGCAUUUAACAACAACUUCCAAAGUAACUGCUUUUGGUUUUUGAUGCUGGAAAGGAUGAGCAAAGUCAGUUUCAUUUUGAUGUAACAUGUGGAGAAAUACUGAGGUUAGUUUUUGAAAUGUUACAUGUAAGUUAAUGGUGUUAGUUGAUGUCGCCACAUUGACAUCUUUGCUGGCAGGAAUCUGUUGUUAAAAUCAAUUGAUGUCAGUUAUCAUGUUUAAGUCAACCAAGAUGUCAAAGAGAUUCAUUCAAAUGUCUAUGUAUGUAGCUAAACAGAUUGAAAAUCUUCAUUUAUAAAACUCAUAUAACAUAGAAAAUUAUAUUUCAAGUGAAACUUCUUAGUGUGACUGAAGAAAGAUAUAUUUUAUCGUACUUUAGUUGUAUUGCUUUUAAAAAGUUGGAGUCCGGUUCGGGUUAAUUUAGAGAUUAGAACCACUUGUUACAUUUGGUUUAAUUUUUCAGGAUUCAAAUUGAAAAUACUUAUUGCCAAAUCAUGAAAAAAAAAAUUAUUAGGCAAGUGUAAUACUUGUAAACCAUACUAAAAGAAUCAAAGAUUUCAUUAGUUCACAACUCCUGUUAUGCAGCACAUUAAAUUGACGUUUAAUCCUGUUCAACUCUAGAAAUUUUAUUACGAUACAUGUAUGUAGUAUUGACCUUUCAUCUACAUGUACGUCAGGUGUAACCGGUAUGAUUUCUGUUGGGGUAGUAAGUGCUGGGUUUAAUCUUCAAUGAUGUUGUAAUAAACUCUGAAUGUUCAGUCAUGAGUUGUGAUACCCAGGUAUGCAAAGGACUGGAAUCAGUCAACUGACUUUAGCAAGUUCAUUGGUCCAGUGUGGUACUAUGUGUACAGGAGGUCAUGGGUCAAGUUUCACCUUACCGAUCUUGGAGAGCACUGGACAUGCUUUACAUGAAGUCAGUUAAGGGCAAAAGCCAGUUUUCAAAUUAAAUCUUAUUGGAAUAUUUUUGAGAAGUGAAUGCAAUUACCAGUAUGAGGCUUGGUACAAAUAUCAAGGAUGGUAAUAUACCAGUAAUUAUCAGGACUAUGUCUGAAUUCUCUACUUUUUCUCUUCUGUCUGUUGAUCCGAUUUCUUGUACUUUUGCCGUUCCGUGGCACUUAUACACGUCUUUUUACUCUUCUUCAACUGAUAUUCUUUCAUCUUUGCUUUCCAAGUUUUUUGAUGCUUUAUAUUUGCUGCUUAUUUUUCCAUUAAAAAUUGUGAUUUCCUGUAGCUGGAAAGUGCUCUUUGUAUAUUAAACUGCCAUUCUAGAGGGGGGUUGCGAUAAAGGUAAUGUCACAGUCACAAUUUAAAAAGGUGUAAUUAUUGAAACUCAUUCAAGAUUAUUCAUACAUUUUUUGAUGUUUAUUUUAUAACCAAGUUUGUCAUAUUCUCAUAUCUAUUGUAGAGUCCAUAUCAAACCUGAACCCCCUUGAAGUAAUGUUGUAGUUAAGUAUAUCACAAUUUUUUUUAUGCAAGUCACAAUAACAGGUUGAACAACUUAUGAUGUCAGAGCAGUUGAACCGCUUGCCUUGCAGCUGCAUAGCUUGUAAUGGACUUGUGGUCAUGAUGGUUGACUUGCAGGCAGAAUACUCAAAAUAACUAAGCCUUAUCACUUGUAAAGCUACAACCCUUAUAAAGUGAGAAAGAUUCGCUGUUUGCUGAAAACCAGUGAACCUUGACUUUUAAACACAAGCAUGUCUUCAAAGUCUAUUAGAUUUGAACUAUUACAGUGCAUGUGGAUUUCCAUAGUUUUGCAACAAUUUUUCUAUAAAUUGUGGAGACGGUUGACAUUUUCUAGAGAUAGGCUUCAUCCAGCAAGUGUCUAAUUCAUUGAUGUUUUGCACAGAAUGCCACAAAGGCAAAGUGGUUUAAUAAUUAAAAGGCACCAUCUUUUCUUUGCAUGUUUACAUUCUUUUUUUUUUCAGCAACGCGAUAGUUCCAAGUUCCAAAUACAUUUAUUUUCUUUGAAACAUUUUUCUACUUUAUUCGAUGGCAAAUUACAAAUUCUGCUAAUGAAGAACCACUUCCCCAAUAAAUGAAAAACAUUUCUUCUUAUUUGGGAGUACAAAGUUUAUUUUGCUUAAAUUUCCUUUACCAGGUUGUUUGUACUUCUUUUCAACUUUCUUUAUUCCAGUCAUCCUUGUUACUGGUCAGUUGACCUGAAUAAAAAAUCCACUGAAAAAUGUGUGGACUGUG